AUGUUCUUGAAACAGACAGCGUACAAACCACGUACGCUCUCCGGUUCGUCCGGGACUUCAGGAAAGCAGUCUCUCAAAGACGAAAACGGAAGUGGCACCACCACCACCACCACCACCACCACCACCACCGACAAGGUAUCUACCGAAACCACAGGGCCGGCAGCCAGUGCAGGAGCAGCAGGAAGAAGAAGGUCCAGCGCGAGUUCCGAGACCAAAUUCGCAGGGUUACACGCGUACAAGCGCAACGGCGGCGCCGACGAGCGCAAGUCGAGCUGGGCCGAACAGACACCCGGGUCCCCCGGGAUGUUGCAGGGCAUGUGGAACAGUUUUACAAAGGGGACAUGA